GUGUCGUUAAGAUAAAGAGGUGUGCGCAAGAGCCGGAGCAAAUGGUCGUCUCUGGUGAAGGAAACCGUUUUUGGAUUAAAAACACUUUAUUCCGGCAGCGGGGGAUCCUUUAGUUUUUCUCUUCUGAAAAAUUGUUGGACGGAAUUAUGACGGAGUAUGAAAAGGCGAGUUUAUAACCUUUGAAGUGAAGUAUUUUUCUUUGCCAAAGCAUGUGCCUCAGAUUUUUGGGGAGAUGAUUCUAAAGAGCUUUGCACUCUGAAAUAACGGGACAUGGCACUGAGGGAAAUUGUCUGAGGUGACGAGUGGUGGAGAUCAAGCCUCAUGGAUAUAGACCUACGCACUGACUGGAGUUGAUUUAUCUGUGGAAGACCUGCUGCAAAUGACUGCCCUGCCUGUGUCGCCAGGAUGGACAACAGGAUUGUCAAUAGGAUGCGGCCUGAAAAAUAUCGGCAAGUGAAGAUGUCACCUCCGCCAGUGUGAAAUCAAUGGGGAAUACUUGCCAUGCGAAGAGCCUUUGAAAGUUUUGACAGCCGCGGGUUUGGGAGGCCUGAUACUUUGCCUUUGAUUGCACCCCUUCCUGUGAGUGGAUCUAAAGUGGAUUGUUGCUGCUAGCGCUGUGGUGUGAUUAGCCCCUUUAGUGUGUGUGUGUCUACUGGUGUGGCAGAGGGAGCAUGCCCCUGCAGAGACCUGGCUGUCUGAAGCUGUACCCUGCCUGGAGGGCCAUGCAGCCCCGACUGGGCGUAGGCCUGGGUCUGGGCCUGGACCUCACCUUCCUGCUGUGGAUACUGAGCCUAGCACAGCAGGCCCUGGUCACGGCCUCUCAGAAACUGGACGAGACGGACCCCGUGGUCACCACCGUCUACGGCAAACUGAGGGGCGUCAAGAAGGAGCUCAACAAUGAGAUCCUGGGACCCGUCAUCCAGUUCCUGGGGGUGCCUUAUGCCGCACCCCCCACGGGCGAGAGGCGCUUCCAGCCCCCAGAGCCACCCACCUUUUGGCCGGAGGUCCGCAACGCUACGCAGUUCGCCCCGGUCUGCCCUCAGACCAUCGUGGAGGGGCGUCUGCCGGACGUCAUGCUGCCUGUGUGGUUUACUAACAACCUGGAGAUAGUGUCUUCUUACGUACAGGACCAGAGCGAGGACUGCCUUUUCUUAAACAUAUAUGUUCCCACUGAGGAUGGUCCCCUUACAAAGAAACACAAUGAUGAUUUAGAUGAUAAUGACGGGGUGGAGGACGAAGACAUCCGUGAAAGCGGCAGCCCUAAGCCUGUGAUGGUAUUCAUCCAUGGGGGAUCCUACAUGGAGGGCACUGGGAAUAUGUUUGACGGCAGCAUCUUGGCAAGUUACGGCAAUGUUAUCGUCAUCACAGUGAACUAUCGGCUUGGAGUAUUAGGUUUCUUAAGCACAGGGGACCAAGCUUCCAAAGGAAACUAUGGACUUCUUGAUCUGAUCCAAGCCCUGCGCUGGACUAGCGAGAAUAUUGCUUUCUUUGGUGGUGACCCUUUACGAAUAACAGUUUUCGGAUCAGGGGCUGGCGCCUCCUGUGUCAACCUCCUGACCCUGUCCCAUUAUUCUGAAGGUAACCGUUGGAGCAAUUCAACCAAAGGACUUUUCCAGAGAGCUAUAGCACAGAGUGGCACUGCGUUGUCCAGCUGGGCAGUCAGCUUCCAGCCUGCUAAGUACGCUCGCAUGUUGGCCAAGAAGGUGGGCUGCAACCUGAAGGACACGGUGGACCUGGUGGAGUGUCUGCAGAAGAAGCACUACAAGGAGCUGGUGGACCAGGACAUCCAGCCAGCCAGGUACCAUAUCGCCUUCGGGCCUGUCAUAGAUGGAGAUGUGAUCCCAGACGACCCCCAGAUCCUCAUGGAGCAGGGCGAGUUCCUCAACUAUGACAUCAUGCUGGGCGUCAACCAGGGCGAGGGCCUGAAGUUUGUGGAGCUCAUCGUAGAUAAUGAGAACGGAGUCCAGGCCAAUGAUUUUGACUACGCCGUGUCCAGCUUCGUGGAUGACCUGUACGGUUACCCGGAGGGCAAAGACAUUCUGCGUGAGACCAUAAAGUUCAUGUACACGGACUGGGCUGAUAAACACAACCCAGAGACCAGGAGGAAGACCCUGCUAGCUCUGUUCACUGACCACCAAUGGGUGGCUCCGGCCGUGGCCACAGCAGAUCUCCACUCCAGCUUUGGGUCACCAACAUACUUCUACGCCUUCUACCACCACUGCCAGACAGAGCAGGUGCCCCCGUGGGCAGACGCAGCCCACGGUGACGAGAUCCCCUAUGUGUUUGGCCUGCCCAUGAUCGGUCCCACAGAACUGUUCCCCUGUAACUUCUCGAAGAACGACGUCAUGCUCAGUGCUGUGGUGAUGACUUACUGGACUAAUUUUGCCAAAACUGGUGACCCUAACCAGCCGGUCCCCCAGGAUACCAAGUUCAUCCACACUAAGCCUAACCGUUUCGAGGAGGUGGCGUGGACUCGCUACAACCAGAAAGACCAGCUGUACCUCCACAUCGGCCUGAAACCCCGCGUCAAGGAGCACUACCGGGCCAACAAGGUCAACCUGUGGCUGGAGCUUGUGCCCCACCUCCACAGCCUAAACGAGGUCACCCAGAUCAUCUCCACCACCACCAAGGUUCCCCCACCGGAGGUCACGCCCAGGUCACCAAAGAAGAUUCCUGUCAACACCAAGAGGCCUAAUCCUACGCCUUUCCCCACCGAGACUCAGGACAGUCAGAAUCAGCCCUUCCUGGUGGAUCAGAGGGACUACUCCACUGAGCUGAGUGUCACCAUCGCUGUGGGUGCCUCGCUGCUCUUCCUCAACAUCCUGGCCUUCGCUGCCCUCUACUACAAGAAGGAUAAGCGGCGGCACGACGUGCACCGGCGCUGCAGCCCCCAGCGCAACACGACCAAUGACCUGGCGCACACACAGGAGGAGGAGAUCAUGUCCCUGCAGAUGAAGCACACAGACCUGGACCACGAGUGCGACGCCAUGCAUCCACACGAGGUAGUUCUGAGAACUGCCUGCCCGCCAGACUACACGCUAGCCAUGCGCCGCUCACCUGACGACAUCCCCCUCAUGACCCCCAACACCAUCACCAUGAUCCCCAACACCAUGCAGGGCCUCCAGUCGUUGCACAACUUCAACACCUUCCCCAGUAGUGGACAGAACAACACCCUGCCCCACCCACACUCACACUCCACCACCAGGGUAUAGCCGGACGGACGGACGCUGACACACACAGCACAUGCCAGAGCUCACACCCAGCCCGAUCAAACGGAUGUGGAAUAACUUCUACUCCUGUGAAUAUAUUAAGGGAAUAGGGAUUUUGCUGGGACGGGAGGAGAAUUUCAUUUGAUAUAAAAGAAGAAAUUAGAAAGAAGUCAAACAAAUAAUUCAAAUGAAAAAAAUAAACAAAGAGAAGGAUACUUUUUAUUUCUGUUAUUGAAACAGAACAAGGUCAACUUUUCCAGCUACAGAUAUCAACUUUGGAAUUUUAUAAACGAUUGCUUGAUCCUGUUAUCUUGGAAAAAAGAAAAAACCUCAGUGGAGUUUGAGGAGUAGCAGGUCGCUUUGUAAAUGAAAGAAAACAUAUUGUUUUCCUGAGGCAUCAAACUGUAGAGUACUCUUUCUGGAGUCAAGGGGAGAUGCAACCAAUUUAGGCAUGUGUUACUCUACAAGUAGAGGCAAUGUAAGAUAUGACAAAAACAAUCUAGAGAGAGAGGGAAAAACUCUUAAAGGUUAUGCACAAUGUAAACAUUUUCAAAAUGUCUUGGAUUCUUCUCAGAAAUUUAUUUUUGGGGAACAGUUUUAUUGUAUAGAGCCUUUUUACAUAUCUAGAUAUGUACACAAAGCACCAAUGCUGUUUAAGUCAUUCUUGGGCGUCAAUUCCGCAAAUCUGCCAGCAGAACAAAAACGGAGGGAUCCACUGGCUUUCUGGCAGAUUCAGCUUCAUCACACAAGUGCUGUCUAUACCGAGAGCUGGAGGACAAAGAAUACUGGAUAUUUUUAGCACGAAGCGCAUGACAAUUUAUCUGCUUGAUGGCUGUUCUGCUGAUUAAGUCAUAAUUAAGAAAUAAAGUCAGCCCCAUUGGAAUAGUUUGAAGGAACACUUCUGAUUGGCUUACAAACCCACAAACCCACAUGGGUUAAGGUCAUGGUCA